AGAAUCGUUUGGCGUGGUGCUGAUGAACAGCUCAGUGGUUCAGCCUCAGGCUCAGACUCUUUCUGCACCAUCGCCAUCCAGAACAGCAGCAUCCAUCCCGAACCGAACCGCGCGCGCAGCUCCUACCAAGCCGAACCAUGUCCAAAAAGGAGGAAAAACCAGGAGAGCAGAAAAAUGAAUCGGAGUCAAAUUGGAAACAUGCCAUUUAUAAUCCGAAUACGGGGGAAUUUGUGGGGCGCACUGCCAGCAGCUGGGGUCUGAUCCUGCUCUUCUACCUGGUUUUCUACGGUUUCCUGGCUGGAAUGUUCACUCUCACCAUGUGGGCCUUGCUCCAGACUCUGGAUGACAAUGUCCCUAAAUAUAGCGACCGUGUCCCCUCGCCAGGGCUGGUUAUCAGACCGAGCUCGAUGGAAAUAGUUUAUAACAGAUCAGAUCCUCUACAGUAUCAGCAGCAUGUGGAGCAUCUGGAGACUCUCCUGCAGCAGUAUAAUGAUACGGAGCAGGUGAAGAACGAGCUGUGUCUGGCGGGUCAGUACUAUGAGCAGGACGGGUCAGAUGAGAAGAAGGUGUGUCAGUUCAGAAGGAGUUCCCUGGGGUUCUGUUCUGGUCUCACUGACUCCAGCUACGGGUACCGGGAGGGACAACCCUGCAUCAUCGUCAAAAUGAACCGGAUUAUUGGCCUGAAGCCAAGUGGAGACCCGUUCAUUAACUGCACGGCGAAGGGUGAGAGUCAGGUGCAGGUGCAGUAUUUUCCGCAGGAGGGACGAAUUGACCGCAUGUACUUUCCUUACUACGGGAAAAAAGCUCACGUGGGGUACGUGCAGCCGCUGGUGGGGGUGAAGCUGAUGCUGAGGAAGGAGGACUACAGUAAGGAGCUGAUGGUGGAGUGCAGGGUGGAGGGAUCCAACCUCAAGAACAACGACGAGCGAGACAAGUUCCUCGGGCGCGUUUCCUUCAGGGUGCUGGUGACCGAGUAACACACUAAUACAAACACACACACACACACACACACUACACACACACAUACUACACACUUUACAUUAAACACUACACACACACACAGCCAGCACUGCCACUCUCUCCUGGGGCCUGACCGAUAUGUUUUUAUGAUUUUUAACCGAUGUGAUCAAUAAUAAUUACCGUAUAUCUUAUUAUAUAUCAUUUUGUACGUCCAAAAACGUGUUUCCAAUUUUUUCAAACCACGUAGUUUCAACUGAAAGGACAUAUUGAAUUUUUAACGCCCACAAUUUUUACUCUUUAGUAAAACCAA